UUUUGCAACCAUGAUGUCUUCCCAAGAUCCGGUUCAAUAUGAAUUCCCGGCUUUCGAAGCUAAUUUCACCCCCGAUGAAAUCGAUCAACUCUUGUCUCUCUUCGAAUCUGAACCUCCGGUUCACUCAACGUCCAGUUCAGAAACAACCCGGUCGGUAUACCCUAUGGAUGAGCGGAAGCGAAGGAGGAUGUUGUCAAACCGUGAAUCAGCCAGGCGCUCUAGAUGGAGGAAGAAGAGACAUUUGGAGGACGUGGCAGACCAACUGAACAGGCUAAAACUUGAGAACCGGGAAUUAAAAAACCAUUUGUGCGUGGUUACACAUGAAUAUCACGCUGCCCAGAGAGAGACCAACCGGCUCAUAGUCGAAUCCAUUGACCUCCAGCAAAAACUUUCCGGUUUAUACCAAGUUUUGUGUUCCAUGCAGUUCUAG